AUGUGUGCAGACACACCCGGAGGCUCCCCUGACCCUUCUGGAGAGGUCAACCCUAACGUGGCAUUCCUCUCGGUGUUAAGAAGUCGAUCAGGACGCUCCCCCCUGCUCUUCUCUGGGAAGGUGGGUUGCACAGACCCCAAAGCCUCAUCCACGCAGCCCCCUGACUGUUAUGUGCAGCUCAAGACCUCAAAAGAAAUGCACAGCCCUGACCAGUGGAGGAGUUUCUACAGACAGGAGCUCUUGAAGUGGUGGGCGCAGUCAUUCCUGCCUGGGCUUCCACGUGUGGUUGCUGGCUCCCGAGAUCCUGCAGGUUCUGUGAGAUCACUCAGAACCUUUCCCACCUUGGAGUUGUUUGAGCUCAUCAGGGGUGACCGAGAAGGCUGGAAUGCAAGCGUAUGUAUGAACUUCUGUGCUGAGUUCCUCGGCUUUGCCCAAAGCAUAGUCACUCAGCAUGAUCCCAGGGUUGUUCAGCUCUUCUCCGGGGAGCCAGGUGGCCCUGUUACUGUGUCCGUUCAUUAUGAUGCUCCCUAUGCCUUUCUGCCUACCUGGUAA